AGAAAAGGAGAGCAAGCCAUAGUAUUUAAUAAAUAUUCUCUAGAUUAUUAUGAACCGUGGAGGAAAGGACGAUUCUCGCCUCAUCCCCGAAAGGCUUCCUAUUGUGUUACUUGCUACCCUUCCAGGUUGUUAAAGCGGCGAUAUGGUGACACGGACUCAUGAGGGGCGUUGGCUAGAUAAGAACAGUUUAGCUACUACCCCGCGAGGAUUUGAAGACAUUCCUACAAUCCACAUUACAUUGUCGUUUGUUAUCCAUACGCAAUGACAUCUAGGUAAUCUGGACCCGUUGCUUAUGAUAUGCCACGAGAAAACAAAAUCAUACGAGUUUUGUUAAAAAUCCUAGUUGACUGAUAAGAAUGGCGCAAAGCCAAAUGACCUAAUUCAAUCACACCAUCUGCAAGUAGAAUUUCACCAUGCAAGAUCAUGAUCUUAAGCCUUAUUGAGCCUCACCAAACUUACGACAAUCCCAUAUUUAAGCAUCGUUUUAUAUCACAAAAUACCCGGAAGCAAUGUGUACGCCAGUGCUACCUACCUACCGUGUCAUCAGCAUCAUCCGUCCGCCAUGGGUGCUACCACGAAGGAGGCUCAACCUAUCACCAAGAGUCGACCCGUUCCCAGGACGGUAGCUGAGAAGUACGCGGACGUCACCCUGCGCUUGAUCGAAGACCAUGGGGACGAGUUCGGGCCCCUGACUCCCGAAAAGGAGACGGCAUUGAGGCGGAAGCUGUAUCGCCAUAUCAUGGUUCUGAUAUCCGCUAUCAACAUCAUCUUAUUCAUCGACAAGUCUACGCUGGGAUACGCGGCUAUCUUAGGACUCUUUGAAGAGACUGGGAUCACGAAAGACCAAUAUAACAACCUGAACACGUUCUUCUACGUCGGGUAUCUUGCCGCACAAUGGCCUGGGCACUACCUUCUACAAAAGCUUCCGUUCGGUAGAUUCGUCGCCUCGAUCAUAGGUCUCUGGGCCGUCGUGAUUUUCCUCCACUGCGUGGCGACCAAGUACGCCGGGCUCGUUGUGCUGCGCCUCGUCCUCGGCGCCGUCGAGGCGGUCAUCGUCCCGGCCAUGGAGAUCACCAUCGGCAUGUUCUUCAACCGCGAGGAGCAAGCUUUCCUGCAGCCGAUAUUCUGGAUCACCUGCCUGGGCGCCCCCAUCGUGACCGGGUUCAUAUCCUACGGCCUGCUGUGGAGCAGGAGCAGCGUGCUUCCCUGGAAGCUGUUCAUGAUCACCACCGGCGGCUUGACCCUCCUGCUCGCCGUCUGGGCCUGGUUCUGCUACCCGAACAACCCCGCCGAAGCCCGGUUCCUCACCCUGGAAGAGAAGGUCCAGGUUAUACAGCGGGUACACGGGUCCAGCCAGAGCUCUAUCGAGCAGAAGCAGUUUAAGAAGUCUCAGCUCGUAGAGACUUUGAAGGAUCCCGUCUCGUGGCUUUUUACGCUCCAGGCGUUCACGUUGAUGUACUCGAACAAUCUCACGUACGGCCAGCAGAACCUCCUGACCACAUCCCUGGGCGUCUCCAGCCUCGGAUCUACCUUGGUGGCGGUAGCAGGAGGCGCGUUUGGGGUAGUCCUCUGCGUCGUGGCCGCCGUGGCGCUCAAAUGGUAUCCGCGGAACCUCGCGAUCCACAGCGUGGUGUGGUGCGUCCCCGCGGUGGCGGGCGGGAUCGGGAUGGUAGCGAUCCCGUGGGAGCGGAAGCUGGCGCUGCUAGCGUGCCUGCUGCUCGCGGGGCACACGUACGGGAUCACGUACAUCAUCGCGCUGGGGUGGACGACGUCGUCGGCGGCGGGGUACACGAAGAAGCUGACGCGGAACGUGAUGUUCAUGAUCGGGUACAGCGCCGGCAACCUGGUGUCGCCGCAGAUCUGGGUGCCGGCCGCGGCGCCGCGGUACUACGGCGCGUGGAUCUCCAUGAUCGCCCUCAGCUGGGUCGGCACGCCGGCGAUCCUGGUCGCCAUCCACUUCAUCCUCGCGCGCAGGAACCGGGAGCGCGAGGCCCUGAUCGCGGAGAUGAGCGAGGAGGAGAGGGAGGCCGGCCGCGUCGAGCAGUACGACGAGCACGGGCGCGUCGUCACGAGGAAGGUGGAUAUCGCGAUGUUGGAUCUGACGGAUCUGGAGAACAAAUUCUUCAUUUACCCGCUGUAGUUUGCUUGUAAAUUGCCUGAUUAGGUGCUUACUACUAGUCCACACUAGAGAAAGGAGUCUAUUUUAUGGAGUUAACGAAGAUGAGCGGCAUUGCUGAUAUACCUGCCUAGGAGGUAUCUAGCUUUAGAAUAGGAGUCGACGAGUUUGUUUGAAGGAAUUGGCAUGACUUGGGUAUACCUGGAAUACAGGCCAGUCCCUGACCUUCCUUGGUUACAUAUGAUAAACUUCUCAUAUGCACAUAGCUGCUAGAAUAUCUGCAAAAUGAAAUGGUAUAAGCUAUCUCCAGGAUGCAAA